CGAGCUUGUCACUGGUUAAAACUAGUUUGGGUUAAAUUAUAGAAGUUUAAAUAUCAAAAAACGUGCAGUAUUCAGAAGAUGUCUAUUUUUUUUAGUAUAAGUAUUGGUCUUUUAUUAUCAUGGUUUUGUCAGAUAAGAAGUGUGGAGGCGGAAUUAAGUGCUAACGUAGUAUAUGAACUAUUGUCAACGCGAAUAGACAAUGUUAUUCGUGAAAACAAUAAUCUAAAAUCUGAGCUUAAGGAAACUAAAGCAGAUCUUCAAAAGCAAAUAAAGACAGAAGCAAAAUUAUUGCGGAAAAUGCUAGAUGAUGAGAAUGCACAUAUGAAAGAAACAAGAAUGGCAUGUGAACAAAAAUUCAAUAGCUUCCAAUUGGAACUCUUAAAUGAUUUAAAUGCAAUGAAUAUCUCAAUACAAACAACUGUUGGCAAAUUAGAAAAAAUCAAUUUCCGAACAAAUACAUGUAUGGCAGUAAUCACAAUGCUACAGGCAGUUGAGAACAAACUUCGUUCAGUAUCGACAAAGCAAGACAGACAGGAAGACACAUUUUUUAAUCAAAUCAGUGCUUUAAGCAGACGAAUCUCUGUGGAAGAAGCCAGAAAGGUUGCAUUUUCAGCUAGACUCACGAAGAAACAAAGCUAUUAUGGCAAAAGCGAAAGAAUAGUGUUUGAUGAAGUUAUAUAUAGUUACGGCGGAGGAUACAGCUCCUCAACGGGGAUAUUUACAGCGCCAAAGUCAGGAACUUAUUUGUUUACGUAUAAUAUACAAUCAUCACAUUUAGGUGUAGCCCACGUGAUUUUAAUCAUAGAUGGUACUAUGACAACUCGAGCUUUGGUAGAAAAAGGCAGAUAUCAUACUGGCGGAAACGUAGGGAUUGGUUAUGUUUGGAAAGGUGAAAAGGUUUGGUUACAGACUUCUAACAUUGAGGAUAAGUAUUACAUCUGGCCUUACAGGACAACCUUUAAUGGUAUCUUGAUUGACUAAAAUAAAGUACCAUGAAUUGCCAUAUAAGCAUUAUACAGCA